GCAAGGGCAGCGGCGCGGCGGCCCGUCCCUCGGCUCCGGGGUAGGCUGAGACGGGAGGGUCCUCGGCUAAAGCCAAAAGCCGAUCAAAGUGGUGGGACUCGCGCCGCGGCCGCGGAGACGUGAAGGCCGUCCGCACGCCUCCUCCCGAUCCGGGUCGGUGCUCGCCCUCGCUCUCCUCUCCGCGUCCCCAUGGAGAAGACGGAGCUGAUCCAGAAGGCGAAGCUGGCCGAACAGGCCGAGCGCUACGACGACAUGGCCACCUGCAUGAAGGCCGUGACCGAGCAGGGCGCCGAGCUGUCCAACGAGGAGCGCAACCUGCUCUCGGUGGCCUACAAAAACGUGGUCGGGGGCCGCAGGUCCGCCUGGAGGGUCAUCUCGAGCAUCGAGCAGAAAACCGACACCUCGGACAAGAAGUUGCAGCUGAUUAAGGACUAUCGGGAGAAAGUGGAGUCUGAGCUGAGGUCCAUCUGCACCACGGUGCUG